AUGUCUUCUUUGUUUUUUUCGCGGCUCACUUCUUCAUGGGCCGCGUUGCUCACUUACGGCACUCUUGCGGCCGCAGCUGUACUUCCACGAGAAGAUUCCAACAUUACCAGUGCGACAGAUGGCGACCUCUCCACCCUAAGCAGCUCCGCGACAUCCUACGAUUACAUUAUCGUUGGGGGAGGCUUGACAGGCUUAGUUGCCGCCAACCGGCUGUCGGAAAAUGCUCAAGGCAAGGCUCUUCCAUGCCUGAGCAAGAUCUGCAAUACGACCCUAUGGCCGGUCAAUGCGGCAAGCCUGAACACGGCGGAUAUGUUCAACAUCACAAGCGGCCCCGAACCUGCUCUGGGAAACCGGACAUACUCUGUGAGGGCCGGUUCGGUGCCCGGUGGUGGCAGCACGGUCAAUGGGAUGGAGCUCGACCGAGCAUCCGCUGCCGACUACGAUUCAUGGGAACUCUUGGGAAAUCCUGGAUGGGGAUGGAAGGGUCUUCUACCUUACUUCAAGAAGGCAAGCUCGGAGAUGGAUACACGCACCCACUUCACACAGCCUCCAGCCGACAUCCAGGCCCAGUACAAUUAUACGUGGGACGAGUCGGCUUAUGGGAAUGGGCCAUUGCAGGCCAGUUUCCCCGACUUCCAAUAUCCAGACAACUAUCCCUUCUUCGACGCCUUUGCCGAGCUUGACAUCCCCUUUGUUCGCGAGCAUGCGGCGGGCAAUGCCGUGGGCUACUACUGGACUCCUGCCUCGUUGGACCCCAAGAAGAAAACCAGGUCUUCCUCGUUGAACGCGUACUACGAUCCUGUCUCAAGCCGGCCCAAGUUGAGGAUGUUGGUUGAGCAUCAGGUCACGGAAAUUUUGUUCAACGGCAACAAACUUGAAGCGGCGGGAGUCAAGGCCAUUGACCGGACCACGGGCAAGGAGGUCCGGUUCAAAGCGAACAAGGAAGUGAUCUUGGCCGCCGGUGCCGUCCACACUCCCCAGAUCUUGCAGCUCAGCGGCAUUGGCCCCAAGAAUGUUCUCCAAGCCGCGGGUAUCAAGGUCAAACUUGACUUUCCGGCUGUGGGAAGCAACUUCCAAGAUCACCCAGUGGCCUAUCUGAACUGGAAUGUGACGAACAGUUUUCCGUACCCAGGAAUUCUGACUGUCAAUGCGACCUUCUACGCCGAGGCUCUGGCUUUGUACCUCAACAACCUGACUGGCCCUUUCACAAAGGCUCAGGCCAGUAGCACCGGCUUCCUUUCGCUAGAGAUGAUCACCGACGAGGCUUCCUCUCUUCUUGAGGACCUCUCAGCUCAAGACGCGACCAGUUACCUCCCUUCGGUCUACAGUUCCAACCAGCAACUCCUCGCGGGCUUCCAAGCACAGCGCAAGAUCCUGGUGGACCAACUCGGUGCUGGCUCUAUUGCCGUGUUGGAACUUCCCUUCUCUGGCGCUGGUAGCAUGCCCAACGCGCUUCAAAAGCCUCUCUCGCGUGGCACGGUGUAUCUGAAUGCCACCAACCCCAAGGGCGAGCCGGUCGUGACCCAUCACGCAUUCGAGAAUCCCUUCGACAAAUCUCAGCUUUACGCCAUGGUACAAUUCACCCGUAAGCUCAUGUCCGCCGACGCUCUGGCGUCUCUCAGCCCUGUGGAAACGCUCCCCGGCCCACAGUACCAGACCCCAGACGAGAUCUUCAACGUGCUUGCGUCCAGCCGCUCUUCCUUCGGCCCUCCCGCAUUAGGACCGACGUUCGCGCACCCGAGCUCUUCCUGCCCGAUGAUGCCACGGAAGUAUGGAGGAGUUGUUGGUCCUGACCUCCUGGUUUACGGCACUAAGAAGCUGAGUAUCAUUGACUCGUCAAUACUCCCGAUCAUUCCGGCCGCUCACUUGCAAGCCUCUCUCUAUGCCGUGGGCGAGAAGGCGGCAGACCUGAUCAAGGGGCGAGCUUGA